UCAAAUGAUUAGUCCAGUCCAUCCGUCGGGGUGAUGCUCUUAUUUCUCAUUGGCUGCAGCGCUGCCCAUCGAUCCCUGCGUCUGAAGCGCCUACGGUAAUAAUGUCGCUCAGUGACCUAGUAUUAAAAGCGACGGUUAUGUAGAACGCGGAGGAUUAAUGCGUACGCCAUCGACUUCGCAGUUUAAAAUACUACCGGCAAAGUACACAUUCAGCAAGACUUGAUAGCGUCGAAAAUUCACAGAAGAAGUUCUAGAUUCAUCUUGCAGUGGAUUCUUUCUAUAUAAUAUUCCGGAUCAUGCUGAAAUCAGAAGGAAAUCGCAUAGCAGAAAACCUUAAUUUGCCUUGAGCAGCGCUGCAGUGAUAUCAGUCUGCCCUGUUGGAUCUGAACAGAAGAUCGAUCUGCUAUACAACACACCGCAUUGGGUUAUAAUUGGGAUAUUCUCUCUUGUCGCAUUAGAUUAAGAUUUAGUAUAAAGGAGGUUAUUGGUUUGCCGAGGACUGAGCUACAGUUACACUGGGAUGGACAAUGCCCAUACUAAGACGGUUGAGGAGGUGCUGGGAUAUGUCGGUGUCAACGAGACAACGGGACUGAGCUCCGAGCAGUUAAGGAAGAGUAGGGAAAGAUGGGGCACCAAUGAGUUACCUGCAGAAGAAGGGAAGUCACUAUGGGAACUUGUUCUGGAACAGUUCGAGGAUCUGCUCGUUCGGAUACUUCUUCUCGCGGCCUGUAUUUCCUUUACUCUGGCCUGGUUUGAGGAAGGUGAAGGAACCAUCACAGCCUUCGUAGAGCCAUUUGUUAUCCUUCUUAUUCUCAUUGCGAAUGCCAUUGUAGGGGUGUGGCAGGAGCGUAAUGCAGAAAAUGCCAUUGAAGCACUAAAAGAAUAUGAGCCUGAGAUGGGGAAGGUGUACAGACAGGACAGGAAGAGUGUGCAGAGGGUUAGAGCCAGAGACAUUGUGCCUGGAGACAUUGUGGAGGUGGCAGUUGGUGACAAAGUCCCAGCAGACAUCAGACUGACCUCCAUACGCUCUACUACUCUCAGAGUAGACCAGUCCAUCCUGACGGGGGAGUCUGUAUCCGUCCUGAAACACACAGACCCAGUGCCUGACCCCCGCGCUGUCAACCAGGACAAGAAAAACAUGCUCUUUUCUGGGACAAACAUUGCUGCUGGGCGAGCGAUAGGUGUGGUAGUGGCCACAGGUGUACACACUGAGAUUGGGAAGAUCAGAGAUGAGAUGGCAGCCACCGAUCCAGAGAGAACCCCUCUGCAGCAGAAACUAGACCAGUUUGGAGAGCAACUCUCAAAGGUGAUCACGGUGAUCUGUGUGGCAGUGUGGGGUAUUAACAUCGGUCACUUCAGUGACCCCGUGCAUGGAGGCAGCUGGCUGCGUGGAGCUGUGUACUACUUUAAGAUUGCUGUAGCCCUGGCUGUAGCCGCCAUUCCUGAGGGUCUUCCUGCCGUGAUCACUACUUGCCUGGCGCUUGGCACGCGCCGCAUGGCCCGCAAAAAUGCCAUAGUCCGUUCCCUACCAUCUGUGGAGACCCUUGGCUGCACUUCUGUCAUCUGCUCUGACAAGACGGGCACACUCACCACCAACCAGAUGUCCGUCUGCAGGUUGUUUAUCGUGGACGUUGUCGCGGGUGAGAGGUGUCUACUGAAUGAGUUUACAGUAACUGGAUCUACAUAUGCACCUGAAGGGGAAGUGUAUAAGGAUGAUGUACCGGUACGCUGCAGUCAGUAUGAGGGUUUGGUGGAAAUGGCUUCUAUCUGUGCCCUGUGUAAUGACUCCUCACUGGACUACAAUGAGAGUAAAGGGGUGUAUGAGAAAGUGGGAGAGGCGACUGAGACGGCUCUGUGUUGUCUGGUGGAGAAGAUGAACGUGUUUGACACAGACCUAAGAGGCCUCACACCUUCUGAAAGAGCCACAGCCUGCUGCUCGGUCAUAAAGCAGUUAAUGAGGAAGGAGUUGACUCUGGAGUUUUCUCGAGACAGGAAGUCCAUGUCUGUUUUCUGCUCUCCAAACAAACUCACUCGCUCAGCUUCAGGGGCGAAGAUGUUUGUUAAGGGAGCGCCAGAGAGUGUGCUGGAGCGUUGCCGCUGGAUACGGGUAGGUGGUGGUACGCGGGUGCCACUAACCUCUGACCUAAGGGAGCAGCUAUUAGGCACAGUAAGAGAAUGGAGCACGGGUCGUGAUACACUACGCUGUCUCGCCAUAGCAACCAGGGACUCGCCCCCUGACCCUCGUACUCUGAAUUUAGAAAAUUCUGCAGCCUUCACAGAAUAUGAGUCGGACUUGACAUUCGUGGGCUGUGUGGGAAUGUUGGAUCCGCCCAGGAAGGAGGUGCUGAAUGCAGUGCGGAUGUGCAGACAGGCUGGCAUACGGGUCAUUAUGAUCACAGGUGACAAUAAGGGCACAGCCUUGUCUAUAUGUCGUCGCGUGGGCAUCAUCACGGAACAGGAGGAAGAAGAGGCUGAAGGUGGUCCAUUUGGGAGUGGCCUCACAGGACGAGAGUUUGAUGAGCUGCCACCCCACCUGCAGCGUCAGGCCUGCCGCACUGUCCGCUGUUUCGCCCGAGUCGAGCCAGCGCACAAGAGCCGCAUCGUUGAAUAUUUGCAAAGCCUCAGUGAUAUCACGGCUAUGACGGGUGAUGGUGUGAAUGACGCUCCUGCUCUGAAGAAGGCUGAGAUUGGUAUUGCCAUGGGUUCAGGCACAGCAGUGGCUAAAUCUGCUUCAGAGAUGAUCUUAGCCGAUGAUAACUUUUCAACCAUCGUGGCUGCAGUGGAAGAGGGCCGAGCUAUUUACAACAACAUGAAACAGUUCAUCCGCUACCUUAUUUCUUCUAACAUCGGAGAGGUAGUCUGUAUUUUCCUCACAGCUGCUUUGGGUAUGCCUGAGGCUCUCAUCCCAGUCCAGCUGCUGUGGGUCAAUCUGGUGACGGAUGGCUUCCCAGCCACUGCUCUUGGUUUCAAUCCCCCUGACCUGGACAUCAUGUCCCGCCCUCCACGCUCCCCCAAAGAACCACUCAUUUCUGGCUGGCUCUUCUGCAGAUACCUCAUCAUUGGCUGUUAUGUAGGAGCAGCUACUGUUGGUGCUGCUGCCUGGUGGUUCAUGGCCGCGCAUGAUGGACCAAAGCUCAACUUCUAUCAGCUGUCUCACUAUUUGCAAUGCAGUGAAGGUCAUGUUGAGUUUGCAGGAGUGCAGUGCUCAGUGUUUGAAUCUCCAUACCCCAUGACUAUGGCCUUGUCUGUGCUGGUCACCAUUGAGAUGUGCAAUGCCCUCAACAGUUUGUCAGAAAAUCAGUCACUACUCAAGAUGCCACCAUGGUCGAACCCCUGGCUGGUAGGAGCCAUCUGUCUCUCCAUGGCCCUACACUUCCUCAUCUUAUAUGUGGAUCCUCUUCCUGUCAUAUUCCAGAUCAGGCCGUUGUCUUGGCAACAGUGGGUGACUGUUCUGAAGAUGUCCCUGCCUGUUAUUCUAAUGGACGAAGCCCUGAAGUUCUUGGCCAGAAACUACAUUGAGCCUGGUAGUGACCUGUAUCUGGAGGAAGAGCAUGACCAUGCAAGUGCAGCUGGGGGCCUGAUUGGAAAGCUGCGCCAGGCCUUCAGGGGCGUGUCCUGGCCAUUUGUGUUCAUCUCUGCCCCAUUGCUGGUCUGGAUCUUUAGCCUGGACUCAGACAUUACCAAUAUCUUCUGGGAUUAGAAAGAAGGAGUGUGAGUGUGAGUGUGAGUGUGAGUGUGAGUGUGAGUGUGAGUGUGAGUGUGAGUGUGAGUGUGAGAGAAAGGCAGUCAGUCAGAGAGAGAACAAGCUGAGAUUUACAAAGCUGCAUGGAGCUGCUAUAAGUAGUUGGUGUAUAGAUGGCUGUAGAAGCAGUGUACGGAUCUAAUGUAGGAAUUAAUUUGGUGACAGUGGAAUAUAGAGAGGUACAGAUGAAAGGGCAGAACCAGGACAAUCACAGAUAAAGGGAUGCUGGGAAAAGGGAUUGUAUUGAGUCAUGACUGUCGUCUUCUGCCUUUCACAUGUCUCACUGUCAGACAUUCAGAGAUUUUGCAUUCUUCUUUCAGUUUUGCAUUAUUGUUAUUAUUAUUUAUUUUUUAAGAUGAAAAUACACAAAUAUCUGUAUUAAUUUUAACCUAAAAAAAUCUAAUUUGAGGGUUCAUGUUAGUGUAGAGAAAAUGAGUUGCUUCUUCAGCAAUACAUAACAGCCCAAAAGCACUACAAUUGUUUGGAUUUGGACUACGAAUAACCAAUUUUUCAUGACAAAUUAUAUUUUGACCACAUUCGGUCACAUUACACUUAUUCAUAGACAUUGUCACAAUGAUUAUUCAUUCUAUAUAUGGGUCUUGUUCAUUAUGAGGUGAAUACCUCAUAAUGAAAAAAAAAUUUUUUUUUAAUCAGUAUUUUUAUUGUAUUUUUCCUUGGUUUGUUUUCCAUUAAAAUAUCUAAACAUCCUUAAACAAUUACAUAAGAUUAAGACUUUUUUUCAGAGGUUAUCUUGAAUUAAAAUAUAUAUAUUUUUUUUAAACAUACUUCUUACAAAAAUUUGUGAGAUCUUGUGAGAUUUCUGCUUAAAACAACAAUUUGCCAGCGAGUUAAUAAUAAACUUAGUGUAAGAUAUGUUCUCUGAAAAAAAUAAAAAAAAGGCUAAUUAUCUUACAAAAUUGCUUUUCAAGUAAAUUCAACUUGUUUUAAGGUUAUUUACUGUAGAUAUUUGUACUGGAAAACAAGACAAAAAUACUCAUUAAGAAGAUGGAUUUUUUUUUUUUUUUUUUUUUUUUUUUUUUUGCAGUAUAUGAUGACUUUGGGCCCAGAAACAUUUUAUUUAAUUAAAUGUGCAAGAGUAAUGUUGUUCUUCAAUGACAGCAAGUUAAAAAAUAAAAAAGACACAUGGCAAAGAGAGCUAAAAAAUUAAAAAAAAAAAAAAAAAAAAAAAAAUUAAAAAAAAAAAACACGUUUUGUAUUUAUUUUGUUUUUUUGCACCCAAACCUUUGCUGCAGCGAGGAACAUCAUCAUUAUUUGUUUGAAGAAAGUCAUAAUGUAAUUUUUUUUUUUAUGUAAUCAUUAUUCUGUUAAUGGUAAUUGCCUUUUGGCAUUCCCCCAGUCCAAAUGAUGAGACAGACCAAGAAAACCCCUUUCCGUGGUCUUUCCCGGAACACUUACUCACAUAAGAGCAAUACUCUUUUGAGUCCAAUUCGUAUUUCCAUUGCCUGUUACUCUCUAAUAUGACAUCAUGUCAGAGAGAUGUGUCACCCUUGUUUAGCAAACUUUUACAUUGUAGAUUAUGAAAUAUGAAAUGUAUGAUUUUUUUUUUAUUAUUAUGACAGCUAUACAAUGCUUUUUUACAAAAAAAAAAACUGGUCACAUAAGUCGCAUGUCAUGUGCUGCCUUGCGUGUCAUCUACCAACCCCCCCCCUUUUUUUUUUUUUUUUUUUUUUUUAUUUAUUUAUUUUUUUACAACUUGUUCUCAUUUGUUACAAAUUUUGAAUCAUUACUUUCAAUAUUACUAUUCCAGUGUUCUCAAUGUGACCUCUUUAGUUCUAUUGCCAUGCCUGUUUGACCAGUUAGCAUUAGGGGCAAUUUAUUCAUGCAACCUGUUUAAGUCCGAGUUUCAGUUUUGCUACAACCGAUGCUGUUUCAGCAUCAUUGUUAGGUUCCUCAAUUGCCAAUUGCCUCAAGGGCCUAAUUUUUAAUAAUGUCCCGAAAGAAGCUUUGUAACUGUGGCGGGUGAUUGUGGAUCAAUUGGUGUGAGAAAAAAAAAUUUCUUAUAAAAUUAUCAUAUGGGUACAAGAGGAGAGCCAGAAAAAGGAGGAAGAACACUGGCUUAUGUUAGUUUCAGGGUGGAAAAGUUAGGGCUCUUAUUCACGACCUCUGUCCACUCAAUGUCUUUAUUGUCAUUCUUUCUCUCAUCCAGCUCUGAGUCUUCUUAAAAUGUUUGCUGUUUUCAUUAAAAACCAUUCCACAACAAUGUAAGAUAUAUAUAGUCAGAUUUUAAAAGAGUGAAGAUUUGUUCUUUUCUAUUUGUGACAUUUUGAUUAUAUUUUUUUCCUGUUUCUUGAAAAAAGAUGACAGUGCAUUUUGUUGUAUUUUGUUAUUAAUUCAGUUGAUACCAUAAUUGUCAUUUAAUUGCAGUUUCAUUAACAGGGAAAUGGAAACUGCUUCAUGAAAUGGAAAAUAAACUCUUGAUUAAAAAUUAA